GUGGCGCCGGCCACGGGAGACGGGGCCCAGAUGCCGGCGCCCGGUGCCGAGCCGGGGCUGGCGGUGGAGCCGGCGGGGAGGGAGUGCGCGCUCGGGCUGCCGGGGCUGCCGGGGCUGAUGGCGCCGGACACGGAGGACCGCGCGGCUCCCCGGCCCGCCAUCCACUCGCUCAUUCUGGACUUCUCUCCGGUCAACCUGGUGGACACCGUUGCCGUGAAGACCCUCAAGACGGCCAUGGCGGGGCUGGGCGCGAUGGGCCUGGAGGUGUGCAUCGCCGCCUGUCAGGACUGCGUCCUGGAGCAGCUCCACUCCUGUGGGUUCUUCACGCCCGGCGUCACGGAGACGGGCACAGCAACGGACCCGGCAGGCGCGGACCCGGGGCGCCAGGCUGUUCCCCAGCGUGCACGCGGCUGCCGUCCACUGCCUGCAGCGGGCCGGAGCGGGGUACGCACGGCCAACGCCGCAGCGCAGGUGCACACGGAGCUGGGGUGA